AAUCGGUAGUGCCUGAUAUAAUGACUGUAGACAGCAAUAGGAAUGCACAAUCGCAGUGCCUAGUCUUGAAAGAUUUUGAACUGGAAGCCAAAAGAAAGCUUCCCAAGCAUAUAUAUGAGUAUGUUGCUAGCGGUGCUGGUGACGAACAAAGUGUAAAAGCCAACACGAGAAUAUUUCAAACCCUGUUUAUUAUUCCAAGAGUUCUUUCCUCCUGUUCUGAACCAAAGACGUCCUUACAAGUAGGCAAAACAACUUUGUCUUUUCCUUUCCUUGUGGCACCUUUUGGAGUACACAAACUUGUACACCCGCAAGGGGAAGAGGCAACAGCUCUGGCCUGUCUUGAUGAAGGAAUUACACUCGGUGUCUCGCAACAUGCUACUGUACGACUGGAACAAGUGCGUAAAGUGGCAACGAAAGGAUCACAUUGGUUUCAAUGUUAUAUUUUGAAAGACAGGGAUAUAACUUUGCGUUUGGUAAAGCGAGCUGAAGAAGCUGGAUAUGAAGCCUUGGUGAUUACAGUGGACUCCCCCAUUUUUGGCUAUCGACCGAUUGACACGAGAAAUGGUUUUCAAAGACUACCAAGUGGACUCAAUUAUGAAAAUUAUAGCGAUGAAGACAAAAAAAUUUAUGCUUUUGCAAAUGAAGGUGAUACAGGCGGUUUUGAUGACCACAUCGAUAAAAUAUUUGAUGCCAAUAUUACUUGGGAUGAUGUUCGUUUAAUAAGGCAACAAACUCGCUUGCCAGUAUUUCUCAAGGGUAUUCAGUCAGUAGAAGACGCCUUAUUGGCCUAUAAGUAUGGUUUGACAGGGAUAAUUAUCAGUAAUCAUGGCGGAAGACAAUUAGGUAGUGCUGUGCCAACUUUGCAAUGCCUCCCUGCUGUUGUCCAGGCAGUUCGAAAGUUGAAGCUACAAAAUUUUCCUAUUCUCAUCGAUUCCGGUUUUCGUUCCGGAGAAGACAUCAUAAAAGCGCUGGCUCUUGGAGCUGACGCAGUCUGUAUUGGACGGCCAAUAUUAUGGGGUUUAGCUUGUAACGGUAUUCUGGGGGUGAAGAAAGUUUUGGGAAUAUUGAAGAGAGAAUUUAUAGACGGAAUGAAACUUUCCGGUUGUUCGUGUUUAGAAGAUAUUCAUAAGUUGAAGUUGAUUUCCAGAGGUAAACUUGCUACCAAAAGACGCAACAAUGCUCCUCACAUUCGUAACGGCAAAUUCUGCAAAUUAUAAAAAUUGCAAAUGGGCAGAAAAACGUUCCUAAAUAGCAUUUCCAAUGUUCAAAUGCUGA